GGAGCAUGCGCAUUAAAAUUUCCUCAGUUCCGAUGACCCAUUAAACUUAAACUUUUUAAGACGGAUUGCAUUUAAUCUGUGACGGUUAAGCUCAGAACUUUUCAAGACACCACAAUACUUAUGAUGUAAUUUUUUAAGUGGGAAAAACAAUGGCUUCAUAUAGUCCUAAACUGUUAGAAAAGAAAUACAAUAACUGGGUUAAAGCUCAGUUAGCUGUGUUGUUUGCAAAAGACGGACUUGAACCUUUUGUUUGUAAUGAAAUUCAACAAUUUCAACAGAAAUGCUUAGAUGAUAUAUGUUACAGCAAUGGAUUAUUUAGUGGGACUUCGUGUUCAAAUUGCUGUACGGAAAAUGUUAUUAAAUGUCCAACAAAUAAAAUAUGUAAUGUUGGACGUGGAAGAUGCAGUUAUCAUCGAAAUGCUGCAACAAGGUUUAAUCCUGCCGGCUGCCCUAACAAGAUAUGUCAUAAUUUUACAACAGAGAUACAGAAAGCACACAGGUACUUUGGUCCAUCGUACAAGAACACUGAUGCUACCCAGUGGUGUAGUAAUUCCUGGGAGAUAGCUAAAUGUUUCAUGCCCCCAGAUGGCUAUAAAGAUAAAGCAUCUGCAGCAGAAACAGACUUCAAUGGUAUAAUCAGCGUUAUCCUCAAUUACAAACACUUCCAGGGGAAAGUACAUGAAAACCUCAAUAAUAAGUUGAAUAUAUUUGAAGAGGCAAGAGAUAUUGGAAGAAAAAUGUGUUAUUCUUCAACACUUGAAGUAGAGGAUUCAGAUCUUCAGAAAUACUUCAAACUAUUACAGAAUCUACUUUCUGAUCAAGUAUAUUUAGCUACAGACACGCAUGCGCAGAAUGCUAAAAAGAAACUCAUGGAGCUGGAAAAUGACACUUUAGUCAUUGGUAAAGAUGAUAUAAGAAAAGGACUAGAUUAUGUGGCAAAUGCAGUUCAAGACGAGAUGAAGGCUGGAUUAGACGAGCAAUAUGACAGAAUUAAAUUUGAUAUGAUAAAAAGAAAACAAGAAGAUCUUCUAUCUCUUCAGACAGAUUUCGCCGAGGGAGUGACACAAUUAAAAGAUGAAGCUGAUGCUGCUGUUAAAAGACUGCAUGAACGAGAAAAAGAAGUUGUGAAAAUCCAUAUACAAGGAGAUAAAGAACGAGCAGACCUAGCUGGGUUAGGAGAGACGUUACAAAAAGCACUGAAAACAGCAAGUAAAGAUGAGAAAGAAAAAGAAUAUAUUGAAUAUAAACAAAGUAAGUGAUCAAUAUUAAUCACAUAGUUUCAUUUGUUUUCUAUAUAUAUUACUAAACGUAUUCCUUUGUACUUCACCCCUUACAACAUAUAACCAUUGAAACUUCAGUUUUGCACCAUAUGAUGUUCUAAUAUCAUCAAUUCAUUAUUUGAUCCAAUCUUAUUUUUCUCAUGUUCAUUUCCUGAGUCCAGAAGUCUGUAUCAAUGCAUAUUUUACGCCAUCUACAUGAUCUAGCAUGGCUUUAAGUUAUC